AUCGUAAUGUACUUACGUGCCACCGAGUUGUACAGCAAGAGUUCGGUAACGUGCCAAUGUAAAUCGGUCCUAAAAUCAUCCUGGAACCAAUCAAUCGUUACUUAGAUUAACAUUGUUUAUGUUUUACAAUUAUUCUAAUUACGAAUUUGUUCUUCGUGAGAUAUUUCUACACUGAAAACAAUCCGUUCGUUACAGUUAUUAGAAAGUUAUAGUAAAAUGAGUAUCGUCACGAUAAUAGUUUGCAUAUUGUUGGAAUUGAAAUAAAAUGUGGUGCAAGUAACUGUUUAGUUUUAAUUUUACUUGUUGAUGCUACAUUUCCGGGUUAUUUUAGGGUUAAAUCUGUGCUUGGUCGCUGCGGAUGUAAACCUGGUUUUAUUGUCGGUGAGUUGGAAUCGGAGCGCAGCAUUCUGCGUGAUAAAAUAACCAGACGAAGAGUUAUUGGCUUGUGUUUGAUAGUGGAUUCCGACCAAUCAACCUCACACGAUGUCGUUUUUCGCACGCCAGCCCAGCGUUCUGAUCCUUAGCGUUAUGGUACUAGGCGCCAUGAAUGCUCAGGUUACGCAACGAUCCGGAUUUGCGAAUCACCGGCUUUCGGACCAAUAUCGAAGACACAAAGCGCAGCACGAUCACCCUGCGCGUACAGUCGACGUGCUCGAAGAAGCCAGGAGAACGCUAUCGAAUCUCAGCCCUGCAGCGAGACGCUUUCUCUUCAGUCCAACGAUACAGAACACGAUAACAAACUUAAAUAGCAAUACGAACACUCAGGGAAUUCCGACUUUCGGUGACAGCAUAGAGUCCGAUCAAAAAUCGCCGCAAAUACUGGGAUACGUCAAUCCUCACACGGGGGUCGUGGAAUAUGACCUCAGAGGACAUGUGAGGAAAAUUACCUUCUUAAUAGGAUAACGCAAAGCAGCCCGAAUUCGGAAGCGAAAAUUGACAGAUAAGCUAAUAAUCGGUUGACUGUACUCUCGUUACUGAAAUAAACGAAUAAAGAGCAUUGAA